GCCGUUCGUUGUCGGCACUCGUGCGCCGACCGCGACCGCGGCACCUCCGACUGUACUCCGUUUGCACUCCGGGAAACGCGCGAGUGCGCGUGGCCGACGACGACUUUCCGCGCGACUUUGCUGUUUACCCUAGUGUACCGGGAUUGUCUAGGAGGCUCCAAGGACCGACAAGCGGCUUCCGGAGCUGAGACACGUUCGCUUCGUUUUUCUAACGUUUUCCUCGCCAAAUGAUCCUGUUCGGUACUCAGUGUCGUUGAUCGUUUGACGCGGGAUCGAAGCGCUCAGAGAAUCCCUCGAUGCUGGAGCAGACGGAUCAAUCGUCGUUUCCGUCGCGAGCAGGACUCGCCGCGAGCAACUCCCCCGCAUCGUCAUCCGAAGGAUCAUCAAGGGCGGCCGCAAUUAUUCCGCGCGUCAGCGCGGUUCCCUAAUUAAUCCCGCACGGAUUGGCGGUGGCAGACCAUCACUAAUUAACGCCGACAUCGCCGAGGGGGUCGUUUCCUGAUCAGCAUCAUCAACCGACUGGGUAUAACGAGCUGCCAUCCGACGCCGUGGCGCACGUGGAUCAUCCCUCUCCUUCUCUCACCCUCUUUCUUUCUCUCCCUCCCUCUCUCUAUCUGCCUCAUUUCUCGCCUCCUUCUUGGAAGAAAGAUGGUGCACGCCGCUCCGUAAAAAGGUCGCGCGACUCGGCGUCGCGGCGCCGUGACAAUGCGGAAAUAUGAGACUUCCCGCGUCGGCCGGAAACCAUCAUCGUCGCCGUCGUGCUCGGCGCUUCACUCGCACCGAUGCAACUUACACCGGCCGCCGACGCACACGACCACCGACGAGGACCAUUGAGGAAAAAUGGGUGCCAAUCAAUCGACCCGGAGCGCGCCCACACCCGGAGAGGAAGUGAACUUCGAUCAUUUUCAAAUCCUACGCGCCAUCGGGAAAGGCAGCUUCGGCAAGGUCUGCAUCGUGCAAAAACGUGACAGUACCGGCAAUAUGUACGCUAUGAAGUACGUACAUAAAAACGAAUGUGCAGAACGAGGUGCUCUGAAGAACAUGGCGAGGGAAGUGGAGAUCCUGUCGAAGCUGGAACACCCCUGCCUGGUGAAUUUAUGGUUCAGCUUCCAGGACGAGGAGGAUCUCUUCAUGGUGUCGGAUUUGCUUUUGGGAGGUGACCUGAGAUACCACAUCCAGCAGGAGAUUGUGUUCAGCGAGGAGAGCGUUGUGCUGUUCGUGGCGGAGAUCGCGUUGGCGCUUGAUUACCUGCAGAGCCACAGGAUCAUCCAUCGCGACAUCAAACCAGACAACAUAUUGCUGGACGAGGAGGGCCACGCCCAUGUGACGGACUUCAACAUCGCGACCGUACUCGAAAAGGGGCAGUUGGCGACUUCGAUGUCUGGAACGAAACCCUAUAUAGCUCCGGAGAUUUACAUGUGCUCAUGCGAAGAAUAUGGUAUCCCUGGUUACGGAUUCCCCGUCGAUUGGUGGAGCCUGGGGAUCCUCGCUUGGGAGACCUUAGCCAUGGAAAGGCCGUAUCCGCUUCACUCCACGACGUCCAACAGGGAAGCCCUGAGGCUAUUGCAGGAGGAAAGGUCGAUCUCUUCGCACUGGAGCUCGUCGAUACGUGAUCUCCUGAACCGUUUAUUAACCCUGACGCCGAGGGACCGAGUGUCGAGUUUAAAGGAACUCAAACAGGUGAGCGCGAUGAAGAAGCUGGACUUCGACAAGGUGCUGAGCAAGCAGAUAAAGCCACCCUUCAUGCCGCCCAAGGAUCAUUUGAACUGCGAUCCCACCUUCGAGCUGGAGGAAAUGAUAAUCGAGACGAAGCCGUUGCACAAGAAAAAGAAACGCCUGGCGAAGCAAAGAUCGUUGAGGGUGGAGUACUCGGGGGAGGAUGCCGCUCUAUUCGCCGAGGCCGCCGGAUCAAGCGGAGAUACGCGAAGAUUGGCUUACAUCCCGGAGUAUCGGGUAUACAAUCGCGAACGCGAGAUCGAGAGGCAGGAGCGGGAGAGGAAGGAGAAACAGUGGGAAGAGGAACUGAACACUGCCAUGAAGGAUGCCGAAGAAGCUCUCGGAACAAAGCAGCAACAUCUGCCGGCCCAGCGAACCGGAAACCGGCUGAGCGUCUCUACGACGAACGUCAAAGCGCGCAUAAGCGCGUCGCCAAGACAAGGUCGCCGUGCGAGCGCCACGGCGUCCUCGGACAUCGACUUCAUCGACGCGAGUCCGGAGCCUAGCACGUCCUAAAGAUCACCCACUGGACCACGGAUGUCUCUCAUGGAACAUGGUCUACCCCACUUGUAGCUGGUACACUAUAGAUCGAGAUCCCCGCAGCUGUACGCGCGCCGCGACGGCGGCGCAUUUACCGAUUUCACUAAUUCCUACUGUACAGAUGUUUCUAAUGUCUGAUGUCGUGUUUCGUAUCUCUCCGAGGCGCACGCGAGUCUCGGAAGCAGCGGGAGGAUCCGCCGAGCAAUGUCAAUUUCAGCGGACAUACGUACGCGGGGCGCGGGGGAGGGGGGGGGUGUGCACCACCACCACCACCGUAGGGGUGAACGAUGACCAGUUUUUAUACUUCUCCCCGAAGAGAACUAUGAUGCCGCCGCGUGUGACGCUCCGCUUUUAUUUUUCUAUCCAUACGGAUACGAGAGUCCUUAUUCUCAAUAUCCACCGCGAUUGCCGCCAUCCCCGCAGUGGAUUUUCCUUUACGGCCUCCGCGGCGUCCGCUUCGAAAUCACAUUCUUAGAGUUAUUGUAUGUAUUGCGCCUCCAUUAUUUAAGAAUAUCUUCUCUUCCGUUCUUCUCCCUGCGGCUGGAAGCGCCGGAAGGUUCUCCGAGACUUCUGUAGUUCUUCAUCGCGCUUCAUCGUGUUUCUGCUUAUCUGUAACAGACGAACGGACAAUUUCGUUAUUAAUUCAAAUAGACGGAAUUUUCGCAGGCGGGCUGAUAGCGCCCGGACUGCUAAUAACUAGUUCGCUGAUGUUAGCCGACUUCUACGAAGACUUGGAAAUGUCCUGGAAAAGACUUGGAAAUGGAAAUUGGGGUGGCAACUGCAUUGAGGAGGAAACCGCACGCAAGAUUUAUUUCCCGGCAAUGCGCACUUAAACCAGGAGAAUGUGCAUUUAUAGGAUCACCAUCCACGGAUCGUUCCACCAGCUACGAUCAAUAGUUGUCGCAGGCUUCUUCCUGAAAGCGGCGAACGAUGCGCUGAUUAUUGUUCAGACGAAUCUUUCGUUGCUCUGCUCGCUUUGCGAAGCUGAUUGCGUGAAUCCUUAGAAGUAGAUACUAGACGCUUCGGUAAACGGCAUCAAUUAAUCCUUUCAGUGCAACUUUGACUACACUAAUAAAUUAAUAUAUUAAUAUCAGUCACUUUUUGAUUACGAAGGAAAUUGCGAAUAAAUCGAGAGGGAGAUAUUGUCAUCCGCGAUUUAGAGGUGCGAAGCUCUCGACGUGGUGUAGUAAAAUGUGCAAAUUCACAAAUUGACAAAUUAAAACAAUGUUAAAUCGAAGAAUUAUGGACGACACAAAAGUUGUAAUGUUAUAAUUCAAGUACUAGGCGAACCUUGAUAAAACAGAGGUAAAUCUUGACGCUCCUACGUCCGAUCACGAUACUGAAAGGAUUAAAUAAAACUCGUAUUGACACGAUAACGUAACUUUCUCUGUUGAUGGGGCUGGGAACAAUGACCUACAUAUAAUGUACAUGUUUUAUAUUUAAUAUAAAGAUAGAUAUUGUUUAGAGAUGAGACUAUGUACCAGAAUUGAGAAUAAAGAGUAUCUUUGACAUGUUGU